AUGCUUGACAAUGCAUGCAAACACUUCCCAACCAUUCCAAGAGAUGCUGUGACAUUCCAGACCAACCAACUCGAUAUUUGCGAAGGUCACUACGUGGAUAUCACGGCUGAAACAUGGGAUAAAGUAAUUGACUUGCUUACAUCCGUCGAAGUGACUCGCGCGGAAAUACCAUUACCCGUCCCACUUCUGCCCAGUAACGCUGGGGCUAUUUCAUUACCUGGCAACCAGUCCGCGGCUGGGUCGGCACCUCAGCCUGAGGAUAACGGACAUGACGGCCUCAGCACAGAUGGCAAGGUCAUGCUCCAGCUGGUCUUACCAUCCGGCGAUAUUGUUUCUGUUACAGUGAAGAGGGCCGCGCGGGUGCAGAAACUUGUUGAUAUCGCUGCUCGCAAGUCGGGAAGUUGUCCUACCAAUUACAUGGCAGUAUGGCUUGGGUCAAGAUUGCAUCACGAAAAUAGUAUUGGGUCGUACGGUAUUGAGGAUGGAGAGUUUAUCAAUUUUUGGAUACAACAAGUCGGUGGAAAGCCAGUGAUCUAUCUAUACUCGCCCUCGGACGUCGACGUUUCUGUCAAGCUCUCCCUCAGUCCUGAGUGGAGUUUCUCCGCCAUCUAUCCCUUUGUUACCCCGAAGCAAGAAUAUGGACAGCAUGUCGAAUGGAAUGUCCGCACCCACCAAGACGGGAAUCUGACUGAAAAGAACUCCGGUUUAGACAUAUCGUACUUAUUCUGGGAGGCGAAGACAAAUUCGGAUGCAUUUCCCCGUUCACCAGCAUCUGAACCGCAAUCAGUGGGUGUAUUCAGUCCCACAUCCAGCACUCUCGGCGACGCGGAUUCCAUUGUCGUCUCAGUGGACGAAGUAACUAUUUACCUCGAUAAAUCACUCAAGGCUCUGGGACUUCACACUGAAGCCAGAACAUCCUUUAUCACCUACUGGCUACCAUCUAUCCUCAAGCACGAAUACAUCGCCCUUCGGUUUGUCCCUCAACCGGCGUAUGAACGUACCGCGUCUUUGAGCAUUUCUCCUCAACCUGACGUUGUGACUCGCAUAUUCAUGCUGUUCAGAGGUAUCUGUAAAGAGCACUUAACGGAUUGGUCUAACGCACAAAUACAAGCGGAGAAAGACGUUGGUUGGUGGGCAGAUGUAGUUGGAGUUGAUCUUUCAAGAGCAAGUGAUAUGGCUUUGUUCAGAGUGUUAGAAUGGGGCGGGAUGGAGGUUCUUAUUUGAUAUUCUAUCUGCCUCGAUCAGAUCUGCACCUAAUUUACAAGCCC